AUGUCCGGCGCUGAGCACCACGGCGCCGAGGGGCCUGCUGCCCUGAGGCUGCCGCCCUCCGCUCUUGCCAAGGACCCGAGGGACCUCGGGCUGGAUCGAUCCGUGCCCGUUGGGCCGAGACGCCCCGCCGGGCACCGGGCCCUGGAGACUCAGUCUUGGCCGCUGCUUCGCCUCACGACGGUCGGCAUUCGCGUGCUUUGCUCCGCAGACGACCCGCUGAUCGCCAGGGGCACGGUGCGGCUCAGCUGGGAGCCGUUCAGGACCUGCAACGCUGGCCUGCGCCUGAUCGAAUACCAGGUCGUGGCCUGCAUUGCUGGCCAUCCGCCUGUGGGGGAGGAAGGCGAGCAGGCGGGCCCGCGGGCGGCCUGCGGCGGCGCGGGCCAGGAGGCGCGGCCCGGCGGCUGCGAGGAGGCCGGCGGCGAGCAGACGGCGGCCCCGUCCUCCUCCCCUGCGCGCCUGCAAGGAGGCUCAACGCGUGGAAGAGGCCAUCGACAUCUCCAGCCUGAGGUCCGACCUCGCGUACACGUUCGCCGUCGAGGCGCGCUACCCUUACGUCGGGACCCGCGAGUUCAACCGCGUGCUCUCCACGCACACCCGCUUCUGCUUCCCGGUGGCGCCAGAGGACAUGUUGCUGCCGCCGCGCGUUCUGACUGCUGA